CUGGCAGCCAGCACGCGUUACCAACACUGGCGACUCGCGGCGGCCGAGCGCCAGCCAAGUCAGUACAUACACAACCUCCGGAGAGAGAGGUCACACGCGAGCACAGUGCAAUCCUCUUGAGUGCAAUCGAAAAAACCUAUUCCCGGAUUACUCUACAGUGAUAAAGUUUUUCCUUCUUGUUGUGUGUGGGAUUUCUAGUCAACCACAGGGAUUCUAUUAUAUUUUUCUCCGCGAUAUAUCAUGUGUAAAAGGUGGUGAGUGGACGACGAUGCUGAGCGAAGGCCGUCGGGAGGGGCUUCGGCUGGCGCUGAACCGGUCCCUGAGCGAGCCCGGCGAGGCCGGCGCCGCAGCCGCCGCCCGCUGCCCAGUCUCGUUGCCGCAGCUGAUGGCUCCGCAGGUGCUGAGCAUGCCCGCCUCCCCUUGUGGCGAGAGCGCCACCAUACAGCGCUCCAUCCUUCUGCGGCGCGCGCGCGCGCUGGAGCCGUCCGAGGUGGCCCGCCGCCUCACCAGGACCAAGCCGCGCAACUUCCUGCUGCUCGACCUCAGGACCUUCAUCAACUUCAACCUGCGCCACGUCCGCAGCGCCAUCAACCUCAACUGCUCCGACCGCUUCAACCGCAAGCGGCUGCAGCUGCGGCGCGCGUCCGUCGUGGACCUGGCGUCGCCCGCCAGCCGCGACGUGCUCAAGAAACGGUGCUACAAGGAGAUCAUCGUCUACGACGACUCCAGCGCCGACCUGGAGGCGCUGCCGCCGCACCACCCCGUCUACCUCGUCCUCACGGCGCUGCUCGAGGACAACAGAGAGCCGCUGCUCCUCAAGGGCGGCUUCCAGGCGUUCGAGCGGCUUUACCCCGAGCUGUGCGAGGACGCCCUCAUGAGGUCCCGAGACGACCUGGACGCCGCGCCCUGCUACGAGCCGCCCUACAACCCCGCGGGCGUGUGCCUCAGUGUGGGCGGAGUGCCUCCCGGUGCCAUCCCGCCCUCCCCCGGCAACGAGAGUGCCAUCGACCAGGCCAAGGCGUCCGAGAUCCUGCCCUUCCUCUACAUCGGCAACGCCCGCGACGCGCAGGACCUCCGGCUACUGCAGGCGCUGGGCAUCACGCGGGUCCUGAACGUCACGGCGCACGUGCCCGGCUACCACCAAGACUCGGGCAUCUGCUACAAGACGCUCCCGGCCAUGGACUCGGGCCACCAGAACCUCAGGCAGUACUUCGACGAGGCCAUCCACUUCAUCGAUGAGGCGCGGCAGUCGGGCGAGCGCGUGCUGGUGCACUGCCAGGCCGGCGUGUCCCGCUCGCCCACCAUGGUCAUCGCGUACCUCAUGAAGCACACGCGCCGCACGAUGGUCGACUCGUACAAGUACGUGAAGGCGCGGCGGCCCAUCAUCUCGCCCAACCUCAACUUCAUGGGCCAGCUGGUGGAGUGGGAGACCGCGCUGCAGGCCAACAAGACGGAGGCCGACUGCACGCCCUGCCACCAGUGCCAGUGGCAGCGGCAGGAGGCCAAGAAGGUUCCCAAUGCCUGCCAGGUAUGACAG